CCAAUAACCCUUCAAGAGCAUCAAUCAUCAUCCAGAGCGAUCGUCGCAGAAACCAAAUCCACUUAAAGCGAAGAAGCGAUGGAUUUUCUCUCACGCUUACUUGAUCUGCGUGGCUGCUGCAGCUUUUAGCCAUUCUUUUGCAUAUCAUAUCUUCAUAUCCAAAUCGACAUGAGCAAAUUUUUCUCUCUGCAUGUCUUGUAUAUAAACAAGUCUCUGCAUGCUUAAACAGAAGUCGUGUUAAGAAGAAGAUUAUGGCUAGGAAGCCAAAACGGAACGCUGGAGCUAAAUUCUUCAAGAUUUUGUUUGGUGACUUCACAAAGAAACUUGCGAUACCACCAUUGUUUAUAAAGACAUUCAAGAAAAACAUACCUAAGGAGCCAAUCUUAAAGACUGAAAAAGGAAAAUUUCUUGUAUCAGUAAAAUUUGACGACAAUAGAUAUUUCUUCAAGAGUGGAUGGAAUAAGUUUGUUAAAGAUCAUGAGUUGGAGACGGGUGAUUUCUUAGUUUUCAAUCUUGUUGAUGAUAAAACUUUUGAAGUUGACAUGUAUGCGCCAACUUGUUGCUUGAAGAGCCUGAAACUGGCGUUUCAUGAGAAGCGUAGCUGCAAAGAUUGGGAAGCCAAGGUUACAGCAGAGCAAGAAAUGCUCUCCAAGAAACGGGGUCGUCCGAGGAAACCACAAGUUUCUGCUAGAAAAGCUCAUGGGAAUGCUAAAAGAAGGCCAAAUGUCCAGGGGAACACUGAAACAAGCCAGAGAGAAAGAGUAGCUGAAGCAAUACGAGCUAUCGACCCAAAGCAUCCUCAUUUUGAUAUGGAUUUGAAGCAUAACCAAAAAUAUAUUUUGGUGAUUCCCAGAAGGUUCGUGGACAAGACAGGGCUCGACAGCAAGAGGAACACAUUGAUGAAAGAUCCGCAGGGGAGAGUGCACACAGUUGACGUCAAGGUCCGCAAUAGGCAGGUUCGCCUGAGCAGUGGCUGGUCUGCAUUUUAUAAAGCUAAUGGGCUAGCUACAGGGGACACUUGUGUCUUCGAGUCUUUACCCGAAAAGGGUAAUCUCAUUGAAGUUCAGAUUAUAAAAAAAAGGAGGCAGAGAAUAAGUCAUUGAACUUUUGGUUUUUGUGAUAGAAAUAGAAUGCGAGACAGAGAAAAGAUUUAGUGCUUUAUUUUGUUCUUGGGGUUGAAAAUAUGGGAUUUUGUUUAGAAGUUGGAAAGCAGGAGUUUUGGUAACUGCAAAAUUUGUUUUGCUAAUUUCUCUAUGCAGAUGAUGUUUUGUUUAUUCUUGACUAAUGUAUAUAUUUACUAAGGAU